UCCGAUGUCGACCGUCGUCUGAUUCAGAAGGUUCCACUCUCCUCUGCUAGAUUACAGUUCAGUACGUGAAACACACAGGUCGUCGUCGUGCGUUAACAACCACAUAUCACAUCAGUUCAGUGAGUUCGGCUGUUCCUAAGGAAAGGGAAUCUUAAUCUACAUAUCAGGCUUAAUUCCCUCGAGUGUUGUCACCAUAAUUGGCCAACUUCCGGUCAGUGCCAUAGCCCAGCGUUCGCUCUCUAGUCGGUUCUUCAACUUUAAGAGCUCUUAAGUGUGUGCGGUCUUGUGUGGUGUUCCAAGGAAAUCUCGAAUCCGAUACCAUCAACAACAUAAUCACGCUCUUAAUUCAAUGUGGUCCGGCUAAAGUGGGCGACCCUUGAGCACUCUUCUGUUCAGUGGAUCUUGUGUCGGCGGUUCUUCCCAGAACAUCAAGUUUAGCAAUUGUGGUGUGUGUUUGUGUUUGUGUGUGGGAUUCAGUUCACUGUGCUGCCAAUCAAAAUCCUCCAACGGAAGAAGAUGAGUUCCACGACGUUUUCACGAGUGUCCGCCAGCAGUAGCUGUAGAUUGAUGGCGGUCGGGGUCGCGCUGGCGGUGUUGGUGUUGGUCCUCGGUGGCGGACAGGUCGCGGCCAACGAUACCCAGAAUUUGAACCGGCUGCUCAACAACCAGGUCAUCGUCAGCCGGCAGAUUAUGUGCGUGCUGGAGAAGAGUCCCUGCGAUCAGCUGGGGCGGCAGUUGAAGGCCGCCCUUCCCGAGGUGAUACAGCGCAACUGUCGCAACUGUUCGCCCCAGCAGGCCCAGAACGCCCAGAAGCUGACCAACUUCCUGCAGACGCGCUACCCGGAAGUGUGGGCCAUGUUGAUACGCAAGUACGGUGCCGUCUAAAACAUCCCCCCGCUUUUUUGGGUAGCACCAGGCGCCAACCAUCACCAUUCAACCAUCCCUCAGCACAAUGUUCAACGAAAGGAGUUAUGCAGUUUUUUUUAAAUAGUUAAAGUACGUGUUAUGAAUGAAAUUUAAAGGUUCGAAGUGAAACAGUAACAAGCUAGAGGCAGAAUAAAAUGUGAUACAUCCAUAUCCCCCUUCAAUAAAACUAAUGAUUUCUUGGAAGCUAGAGUUUAAAACCAAAGUAGCAUAAUUUCAUCAUAACCAGUUUCCGCUUUUAUAGUUUCAUCGUGUCAUACGCUACAUGAGAAAAUAAGACAGUAUUGUUAAGAAAAGGAAGAAAUGUAUUUUACCCAAUAACAUUAGGAAUUAUAGAUCAGAUGUAAAAACAACUGUGUGUAUGUUUAUUGUACUCAAUCUGAGUGAAGAGUUUCGAACAAAAAGCAGACAUUACUGAAACGAAUUACAAUAAAAAGAGAUAUGAAAAUUUAA